AUGAGAUCUUAAAAAUUAUUAGUAAAAUAUCUUUAAAAUAGCUUUCAAAACUAGAUCAAAUAUUAGAAAUUCACUCAAAGACAUAACUAAUUAAGAGGAUUCAAUACUCUAGGUUUCAACUAAUUUAAUAAAUUCCAAUUCUGCAGUUAAUAGAAUGGCUAAACUUAAACAGUAGAUAAUGCUAGCCAAGAGCAACAACAAUAAUAAUAUCAAAAACCCAAAUCAAAAUAUCAAAUGGAAUUAGAAAAGAGAUAUCCUAAAGAAAAAAUACAAGAAGUUCAAGAAGCCCUAAAGAACUCAAAGUUGAAUUUGUAUGAAUACCUUUUGAAAGUGAAUAAUUAAAGCAGCGAAAAUUAUGAGUAUAAAAGUGAUAUUUUGAUUAAAAAUAAUAUUGAUCAUACACUUUUAAAGGGUUAACCUAAAUAAAUUAUUUUUUUGACUACUCUUUGGUCUGGAGUAGGAUAUUUAGCUUCCUUAGCAAGUCCCUAUCUCUCUAUAAUUCCUAUGGUAUUUGGUAUAGGAGGAUUUAUUUCAUUUUAUUCUUCAAGAAGACUGGUUAAUAAAACAAUAGAAAGAAUCGAAUUCGUACCAAAUGAAAUCGAAAAAAUCAGAAUCUAUUUAUUAAAAAAAAAUGAACCUAUUCUUUGCAGAAUUGACAACAUUGAAGUUAUUGAUGUCAAUGAAAAUAUUGAGCAUCCUUACCUAUCAGAUAAAGUUUUUAGAGACUCUAUGUAAGGCAUCAGCUUAUAAAAAGAUAUUUCUGUCACAUUAAAUGCAGAAGAUUUGACUGGAUAACAGUUUAAUGCACUUAAUCUAUGUAUUUUUGGAAACAAGGAAUUGACUCAAGUUUCAAGCUACAAUCUUUUGUAAACAGUGCUUGAAGGAGAUAUUAUCAGAUUGAAUAAAUUUAAAGUUAACAAAAAAGAAACUGUCAGUGAUGAUUUUAUAGAAAAAAUGCUUUCCGAAAAAAGCAACCAAGCCCUUUUAGAGAAAAAAAAGUAAGAACAAGAGCAAGUUAAUUUAAUUGAUUAGCAAAUAUAAUAAGAAAUAUCCAAAUUCUCUAAAAAGAAAAACUGA